AUGGGUCAAGGAGGUGGCGGCCGCUUCUACGAUUUGCGUGCGGCCAAUGUGCGGACGGCCAAUUCUGCACUGGCGCGCGAUCUCAAGGGACGCCACCUGCAGAUGAUUGCCAUUGGAGGCUCAGUCGGAACCGGUUUAUUCGUAGCAUCAGGACUCGCGCUCUAUCAGGGUGGCCCAGCUUCACUCUUACUGGCAUACAUCGCGACUGGGGCUCUACAGUUCUGCACCAUGCAAAGCAUGGGUGAAUUGGUAACAGCGUUUCCCGUUGCUGGUUCGUUCUCCGCGUUUUCGAGUCGGUUCCUGGACCCGUCAUGGGGGUUCGCCAUGGGCUGGAACUAUGCCCUACAGUGGCUCGUCGUUCUGCCACUGGAGAUCAUCUCGGGAGCCCUGGCAAUACAAUACUGGAACUCUUCGCUGAAUCCAGCCAUCUUCAUCACCAUUUUCCUUUUUGCAAUUAUUGCCAUAAACAUGACGGGCAUCAAGGGCUAUGGCGAAGCAGAGUUUGUUUUCUCCAUUGUCAAAGUCGCUGCCAUUGUAGGCUUCAUACUUCUUGGUAUCGUCAUUAAUAUUGGCGGGCCGCCGACGUCUGGUUACGUCGGUGGCCAGUUCUGGGUCAAUCCUGGCCCAACGAACAACGGCUUCAAGGGCUUAUGCAGCGUCCUGGCGACGUCGUCCUUUUCCUUUGCCGGCACCGAAAUGCUUGGUCUGGCUGCGGCGGAAACGGCCAACCCGAAGAAGUCCAUUCCCAGCGCCAUCAAGCAAGUGUUUUGGAGAAUCGCCAUCUUCUACGUCGUGUCGCUCCUGUUAGUGACACUCUUGGUACCAUACAACGAGCCGCGUCUUCUUGGAGGUCGCAGUUCUGUUGAUGCAACCGCCAGCCCUUUUGUCAUUGCCGUGGAAAGCGCUGGGUCAACAAUCCUACCCAGCGUCAUGAACAUUGUCAUCAUGGUUGCGGUGUUGAGCGUGGGCAAUUCUUCUGUGUUUGGGUCUUCGAGAACACUGGCCUCUCUGGCUGAACAGUCGCACGCGCCCCGGAUCUUCUCCUAUGUCGACCGCAAGGGAAGACCCCUCAUCGCGAUUAUUCUUGCCUCUGUUCUUGGCCUCUUGGCAUACCUUGUCAACGUAAAGUCUCACACAGAUAUCUUUGAUUGGCUCAUGGCCAUUUCCGGAUUGUCUAGCUUGUUUACUUGGGGAAGCAUUUGCCUCUGCCAUAUUCGGUUUCGAAAAGCUUGGGCAGCGGCAGGGCGCACUUUGAACCAACUGCCGUUCGUAUCACAGGUCGGCGUUGUCGGCUCCUGGAUCGGCUUGGUGGGCAACAUACUGGUUCUGGCCUCUCAGUUCUGGAUGGCCGUAUCCCCCGUUCAACUUGACCCAGCAGCCGAUGGGCCGCAGAUUACGGCAAGGAAUUUUUUCCUCAAUGUGCUGGCUGUUCCAAUCGUUAUCGUCUUCUACGUUGGACACAAGAUCUGGUUCCGGACACGGGUGGUCAAUCUCGACUCCAUGGAUCUUGACACUGGGAGGAUAUUUUCGAGGGUGCAGUCCGUCUCGGCGGAGGAGGAUGAGAUGCGACGAGCCUGGCCCUUGUGGAAGAGAAUAUACAGGACAAUUUGUUGA